AUACAUAGUUCCUUAUUACCAGCCAUCAUGCAAUUACGUAUUUGGUUGAGUUCUUGCUCAAAGAGGUUAUUUCAAGGAUUCCAAAUUCAUAAACUACUUGAUGUACCUCCAGUAUUGGCGUAAAUCAGAGUACGCAAAGUUCCUCAAGUACCCUCAGUGUUUACAUUUUCUUGAACUUCUCCAGUAUGAACACUUUAGAAAAGAACUUGUUAAUUCACAGUGUGCAAAGUUUAUUGAUGACCAACAGUUACUGCAUUGGCAGCAUUAUGCGCGCAAGAGGAUUCGUCUCCAGCAAAUGCAGCUGGAGGCUCAGCAGCAGCGGCAGCAGCAACAGCAACCACAGCAAAGUGGAGCUGCACAGCCAAUGAUGCAGCAAGGAAAUGACAUUCCACCUCUCCAGCAACUUCAGAAUCACCAGAAUCAGAAAUGAUGCAAUGGCAUCAUAUGUUGAACUUUGAUAUGUGAGAGGUGACAUGGUUUCUGAUGCAUUAUCUUGUGACUGCUGGAAUAUGCCAUCAGAAUGGCUUUGGGAGUCAUCAAGACAGCUGGAAUAUGCCGUCAACAUGGACUUGGGAGUCAUCAAGUAGACAACUGGUGCUGGAAGUUUUCUUUUAAAUCUGACAGUGCUCUUUUAACAAUAUGUUGGCUGUGAUGAGUUGCUGAUUAGCAUGCAUCAGCUCUUUUGAACCCAAGAAGUAGAGGUUGAAUUAUGUUCUCAGCAUCUUCUACACUCCUUAUAAAGUACUUUUAUAGUGGGUGCUAAUGUUAACAUAAAGCCUGUGUGUUGAGCACUUUGCAUAAGCUUUGGUUAGUGUUACUUGCCUAGACUAUCAAAUUUAAUUUGACAAAAACAUAUUAUACGCUUUAAUAUGAUUAGGAUGAUAUCACAUAAUGACUAUAUAUGGGCAUACAACUAUGGUUAAACCUUAGCUAAAAUACUGUUUGUGGAAGUUUGUGCCUCAACAACGGGAGAGCGUAUAGUGCCUACUGUUUUCACAAAGUGACACAAACUUCAUUCUACGUGUAAACAACAUAUGUGGCAAAAAAAAAAGCCAUACCAGUCACUCGUCGCAAAUCGUGUUUGAGAGAUAUUGGCCAAAACAUGCUGAAAUGUCAAAAUUUUUGAAUUUAUCUAUUUCAUUGCACUAAACUAUUAUAUCUAUAUAUCAUGCUAUGGUGGUAUUUUUCCCACUUUCGAUGUUAAAACAACAAUUUUUAGCAAUUUGUUGAUGGUUUCUGCCUGAGAAAUGCACGAAAUCAUAAACUUUGAUGGCUGAUUUCUCAAAUAUUGUACUUUACACAGCUGUAUGUUUAAACGCUUGCAACUUCCUAAGGAAAUGUUGGAUGUAGAUGAUUCUUUUACCAUUAUAUAGCUCUCAUUUUUAUCUUUAACCCCGUAUUAAUAACUAAGUAUUAAUAACUAAAAAUCGAUUUUUGCGAAGAUUGACUGGUUUGGCUUGCCUUUGCCACAUAUGCUGUGUUUAUUCUGAUUGUUUUCACGAAAGACCAAAACUAAUCAUGCUAAUUAACAAGUUAAUUAAAGUUAAGAAAAAUAAAUUGAGCUUAUGUACAAAAAAAAAAAUAAUAAAAAUUUUGUUAUCUUGAUAGUGAAAUUUA